CUUGGCUUGCCAGGUGAAACAAAACGGCCACUCUCUCUCUUUCAUUCUCGUGUCUGGUUCUUCUCCUCUCUCACAUAUAAACCCUACCAUUCCCUCUCUCCUUCUGAAUUCAGCUGCGUAAUCCGUCAAGUACCCUUCUUUCAAUGGAUUCCACCACUCGAAUCCCUAGCUUCCUCUCAAUCCACCCCCAAACCCUAGAAUCCUCAUAAUGACCACCACCAUCACCGAUGUUCUGAUCCGACAUGCAGAGCUCCUCCAUGGCUCCCACCCCGGCUUCUUCCUCAGCCCUUCGAUCGCCUCCCGCGCCUCUCCAGUCGCUCUCACUCGGCCUCAUCUCCCUCCCUCCCUCUACGUCGUCGCAUCACGUGGCUGGCCCAGAGCCGAUCGCGGCGGCCCACCCGUCCGCGGAGACGGUGCCCAUCUCGAGGGUUCGGCUCUCGGAUAUCGCGCCGUAUGAUGGAGCGCCCGGCGGGGCGUUUGUUCGGGCAGUCGAGGCGCUUUCGGGGUCCCUGACGAGGCAUAAUGCUGCAGUGAUUGAGCUGGGGAGCGAGGAGACGGCGCUGAUCAGGUGCGCGUUCGAGUCCGCGAGGCUGUAUUUCAAGACGAGGGCUCAGAACAAUGGCAGCGGCGGAGGGAGUUGGGGGAAGUCAAGUAGAGGGGUUUACAUGUACCGGGCUGGAAGGGCUUUGGAAGAUGGAGAUUCAUCACCACCAUGUAUGGGUGAUGUUUUUAGGUGUUUGGGAAAGGCAGCUCGUGCUGCUUUGUGUGCAAUAGCAAGGCAUCUUCGUCUGCGCUGCGAUGUUUUUAACCAUUUGCUUGAUGAUACCCCACUGCCUGCCAAUGAGGUAUCUUCAUCAGUGUUGGUUGCCUCCUAUUCUCAUGCAUCGCUGCAGAAUGGAAAGGGGGCAAUUGGGGGUGGGAAGCCGGCAAUGAACAGUGAAGUUGAGAAGGGGCUGUUGACAUUGAUUGCUUCAGAUAGUCCUGGGAUCCAGGUUUGUGACCCAAAUGGCCGUUGGUACCUGGCGGACAGUACGCCAGGUCCUGGGGAACUUUUGCUUCUUACGGGCAAGGCACUUAGCCAUGCUACUGCUGGCCUUCGUCCCGCCGCUUCAUACAGAGCUGCUCCUGACUAUUGUUCUGGUGCCGUUACUGGUGGAAGGACCUCAUUAGCAUUUAGGCUAAUGCCACAGGGCAAUGCUAUAUUGGACUGUUCUCCAAUUGCAGCAGCUGGUCACAUAAUCCCCCAAAGCUAUGUACCAAUAUCUGUAAGCCAGUUUAUGGAUGACCUGUCGGCCGAGGAAGAUGUGGUCUGCAACCGGUCUGAUAAUAAUUAUGAACCUCGGAAUAAUUUGAAUAGGGAACCAUCACUGAGAAGCGUUCUCUCAGAUCCCUUAUCCGGUGCAUUCCUCGAAGAUGCAGUGGUCGUCUCAUGUGGACAUUCAUUUGGUGGUCUAAUGCUGAGAAAGGUCCUUGAAAUGUCCAGAUGUAGCAUUUGCAACUCGGAAAUCGAGGGUGGAUCUUUGAUCCCUAAUCAUGCUUUGAGGGCUGCAGCUGCGGCUGUGAAACAUGAGGAUGACAGGAGACUCUUCCAUAAUGCAGCUCUCAGGAAGCGCCGGAAAGAAGUGGGUGAACAGAUGGAUGCAUUGAAGAGAUUACACAAGGAAAAUGGGGAGAUGGCUGCCGAUGGUGACAGUCCAAGGCAACAAAAGGGGGUUCAGUAUCCAUUUGCAGUGAAUGAGAAAGUUGUAAUUAAGGGGAAUAGGAGAACGCCUGAUAAAUUUGUAGGAAGAGAAGCUGUCAUCACGUCCCAAUGCCUCAAUGGCUGGUAUCUUCUCAAGAUUCUUGAUAGCGGAGAGAGUGUUCGCCUGCAAUACAGGUCUUUACAGAAAAUCUCGAGCUCCCAAUCUGACGAAAGGCUUCAACCACCACCACCCAUGAUUCAGAACAGCAGCUGAUCAAGGGAUGUACACUAUCAGACAGGAAGUUGUAAUUUAACAACAAUCCCCUUGAAACUGCACAAAGGACAGGGAGAGCCCUUUCAAGGCUUUGAAACUCCACAGAAUCACACAUGGGCUCUCGUAUAAAUGCAGGUUGGGUUUCACCCAUGUAAAUUUUAUCAGAGCUGUUCAGUUCAGCCCAAGGAAGAGUAGAGACAAAAUCCAGAUGUAGUACUUGAAAAAAAGUUUUGUAAAGAGAAAAGGAAGACAUGAGUAGGAAAAGGAAGGUCCUGUAAAAUGUGUUGAACUUUAGCAGCUGUCAUUGCUCAGCUCACUGCGAUUCGACACCAUGGAUGGAUUCGCGUGCUUCAGUUCUCCAAUCGCCUCUCACAAUGUUAAGGUGAGAUUAUAGUCUGAUAUUAAACUUGUCUUUUAUGUA